UUUUUAUGUAAGAUAUGAUAAAUAACAUUCUUCACCAACAACAUAUGCUAUUUAAGUACUUCCAAUCUCACAUUACUUUCAACACAUUCACUUUUCCAAAUUCUUAACACCACACAAACAAAAUGCUUCACCACAACACAAACUCCAUGGUUCAUUUCUUGCUUCUAGCAUCAAUGAUAAUUGGAAUUGGAAUGUCAGAUUCAUCGAAAGACAAACAAGAAUGCACAGAACAAUUGGCAAGUCUAGCAACAUGUCUCCCUUAUGUUGAAGGUGAAGGAAAAACUCCAGCAACAGAUUGUUGUGAUGGUCUCAAGACACUCCUUAAGACAAACGAAAAGUGUUUGUGUUUAAUUAUCAAAGACCGUAAUGAUCCUGAUUUGGGUGGUAUAGUUAUUAAUGUCACUUUGGCUUUGAAUCUUCCUAAAGUUUGUAAUGCCCCUGCCAAUGUCUCUAGAUGUCCCGAGUUGCUGCACAUGGAUCCAAAAUCAGCAGAGGCUCAAGUUUUUUAUCAAUUGAAAAAUGGCUCCACAAAUAUUGGCCCUAGUGCUGCACCUAGUCCUUCAGAUGGAGCAAGCACUCAUGCAAACAGUACUACAGAAAAGAGUGACGCAUUCAGCAAAGAGAAGAACUUGUUCGGAUUACAAGUUUUGGCCGUGGGGAUUUCGGUUUGGUUUUUAUUGGGCUCUACAGAUGGAAAUAUUUUUAAGAUACCAAUGUGAAUAUUAGUUAUCAUUUCCAAACUCUUCCAUCUUGAAGAAGUGUUUUAUUUUCUUGGUGCAUACUACAUAUGUACAAUUGAAGUUAUCUAUAAGAACCCUAAUUGAACUCA